AUGGACCCCGAACACAACGCUCCUGGGAACGCCUCCCGCACAACACUGAAAAUCCCACUCCAGGAGGACCUGGAGUGGGAUAAUAAGGACCUGAGGUGGGAGAAUAGGGAAAUGGAGCGGGAGAAGGAGAAAAUGGAGCGAGAGAAGGAGGAAAUGGAGCGAGAGAAGGAGGAAAUGGAGUGGGAGAAGAAGGAAAUGGAGUGGGAGAAGGAGGAAAUGGAGCGGGAGAAGGAGGAAAUGGAACGGGAGAAGGAGGAAAUGGAGCGGGUGAAGGAGGAAAUGGAGCGGGACAAGGAGAAAAUGGAACGGGAGAAGGAGGAAAUGGAGCGGGCGAUGGAGAAAAUGGAGCGGGAGAAGGAGGAAAUUGUGCAGAUGGAGCGGGAGAUUGAGGCCCUCAAAAGGCAGUUGCAGCAGCAGCAGCAGCAAGGCAAGUAA